GCCCAGUUUUAUUGAAAAUAGUAGCAGAACUUCAUAUUCAAAGUAUGAAUUAUGUGUUUCAAGUGUCAAUAAACCAGUAAAUUAUAGCGAAACUAAUAUCCAAACAAAAACUAUUCAAGACAGCAAUUCCUUUGCUAUGUCCCUCGAUAUUAUGGUUCACAACCCCACUCUUAAUAAAGAAUCCAUUUCCAAUCAAGUACUCCACAAUGACGUGAAUAAAGAACUAGAAGAGCCUAAGUUGAGCCAUCAAGUUUGUCAGAACUUUGAAAAUGAAG